GGGGGAAGAACGGGGACGCCGCCGGGCGCGCGCCUCCGCCCGCCCGCCUCGGGAGCGCGCCUGGCAGCAGCAGGCAGGGAGGCAGCCGAGCUCCGCCGCAGCUGGCGCGCCCCCGUGGCGGUGUCUCGUCGGGCGGCUGGGAGCGCGCCGCGGGCUCGGGCCGGGCACCAGCGUCUGGGCGAGAGCCGCGCAGCCCCGUCGCCAUCCGCGGAGCCAGGCCGCCGCAGCGGGGUCCCGCCCAGCCCGGCGCCCGCAGAAAUGAGCCGUCAGACUGCUACAGCACUACCUACAGGUACUUCAAAGUGUACGCCAUCACAGAGGGUGCCUGCACUGACUGGCACUACAGCUUCCAAUAAUGACUUGGCUAGUCUCUUUGAAUGUCCUGUUUGUUUUGACUAUGUGCUGCCACCAAUUCUUCAGUGUCAGAGUGGCCAUCUUGUUUGUAGCAACUGUCGCCCCAAACUUACGUGCUGUCCAACUUGCCGAGGCCCGCUGGGCUCCAUUCGUAACCUGGCUAUGGAGAAAGUUGCCAAUUCUGUACUAUUCCCGUGUAAAUAUGCCUCUUCCGGAUGUGAGAUAACUUUGCCACACACAGAAAAAGCAGACCAUGAGGAGCUGUGUGAGUUUAGGCCUUAUUCCUGUCCAUGUCCUGGUGCUUCAUGUAAAUGGCAAGGUUCUCUGGAUGCUGUAAUGCCACAUCUGAUGCAUCAACAUAAGUCAAUUACCACACUUCAGGGAGAAGAUAUAGUGUUCCUUGCUACAGACAUUAAUCUUCCUGGUGCUGUUGACUGGGUUAUGAUGCAGUCUUGUUUUGGCUUUCAUUUCAUGUUAGUAUUGGAGAAACAGGAAAAAUAUGAUGGUCACCAGCAGUUCUUUGCGAUUGUACAGCUGAUAGGAACACGCAAGCAAGCAGAAAACUUUGCUUAUCGACUUGAGUUAAACGGUCAUAGGCGGCGAUUGACUUGGGAAGCAACUCCUCGAUCUAUCCAUGAGGGAAUUGCAACAGCCAUUAUGAAUAGUGACUGUCUAGUCUUUGACACCAGCAUUGCACAGCUCUUUGCAGAAAAUGGCAAUUUAGGCAUCAAUGUAACUAUAUCAAUGUGUUGAAAUGGCAAUCAAACCUCUUCAGGCCAGUGUUGAAAACCGUUGCAUUUAACUUAGCAGAAACUAGGGUAACCAUCGUUGACUGUCAGACAAAUUAUUUGGUAGAUGGAGGAUAGACAUAUGAAGGUAAAUAAAAGGAAAGGCUGUUAAAUUACAGGAAGCAGUUGCAUGUAGUAACACUAAUAUAUUUAAAAUAAGUCAACAGUAAACCACUGAAAAUAUAUAUACACCCAAAAUGGGCAUCUUUUGUAUUCAGAAUUGAUUCUACAGGAAAUGUUGUAAAAUAAUUCUAAAAACUUGUUUGUAGAUUGAUUGUACUGUUGAAAAGGAUACUGUUUCGUGUUUUUGUUCGUGUUCUUUUCCUCCCCCUUUGACUGACAAGCCAUGUUGAGCGGUUUGGUCUCUGGCCGCUGCAUCCCGCUCCCCUCCUCCCUCCCUCCCUCCUUUGUAAGUCACUACAUAGUAUUGCUGCUGUUUGUGUAUAUUUUUUGUGUAUUUGCUAAUUUUUAUUAACUUCUAGUUUUUCAUUAAAUAAAUAUGACUUUCUUUUCUGUAAUUCAGGUUUUUCUCUUUUUUUGUAUCUUUUUAAAAUUAACUACAGGUGUCAUCUUUUGAUAUGCAUAAUUGCUAUGGUAAAAUUAAUAUUUCUGUAUGUUUGGUAAAUUUUGUCUCUUUCCAGUAGUCAAUUCAUUGGUGAUGCUGUUCUUAACUGAGCUAUUUUGUGAAUGUAUUGAACUUGAAAGGAGUAAUUAUGUUCAAAGAUGUAUCAGGAAAGAAAGCUCCUUUAAAAACAGGUCUAGAUGUUGUUGUACUUUGAGUUAUGGUCUAACAUAAAUGAAUUACCAAGAUUUUUCCAAACUAAAAAAAAAAUCACGUUUCAAAUUUAGAGAUGCUUAUAAACUCAAUUGCAUCCUUGUAUUUGUUGGUUUUCCAGUACAAAGAAGGUAUUGUCUUGCACAGUAUUUGUAACUAUAAAACAGACCAUUUGUUUAAAAAAAAAAAAAGAAAAAAACAAAACAAAACAAAACAAAAAAAAGGGCAGUCAGAACGAGAUGUUUGCAGUCUUUUUAUAUUUCUCAUUAAAAGAAUACCUGGCAAAUUAAAAUUCAAUUUUUUGCUUUUUGCUUUAGCUCAAAGUUUGACACAUGACUACUACUCUUGCUCAAUUUCUUGUCCUCAUGUCUCUUGGUUGUUACUAAAGUAAUUUCUUGAACUGAUUUUUGUAUAUUGUUUUAGUGAUGAUACACAGUCAGAUACAAGUAAUCUCUCACAGGUAUGAUUCACCAGCCAUAAAAGCUUUUGUAGGAUACUGGGCUUUAUGCAGACUGCCUAUAUGUGAAAAAAAUAACCAUGAAUGUAUAAUGGUAUUUGUGUUACAAAACAGAGAGACAGAAAAAAAGAAUAAGGUGAAAAGCUGUUUCAUCUUAAGCUAUUUAAAGGAAAUCUUUGUCAAACCUAGUAGUAAUGGGCAUCUGUUCAGAGAGGUAGUCUGGCUAUGAAUUACUUUUGUAACACAUUAAAAUACAGUUUAUUUACUGUGCACUGUCUUUAACUUUCUUAUCAGAAAUUGCUUUGUUAAGUCAAGUGUUGUUCAUAUUAUUUUGGUGCGUAAGGUAAGUAGUUGUACAGGUAAGGAGCAUAAAACCCCUCAGGUUGGAUACAUACACUACUACAGCCACAAUUAGUUUUGUGUAAUGAAAGAAAAAAAAUUACUUCUUAUAAUUUGUUUCUUAGGCUGUUAAAAUUUUGCACAGAUUUCAGUUAAAAGAUGUACUGUGACAGUAGAUGUUUGAAAGCAAAUCCUUCAAUCUAGCAUUUUUUUUUCUUUACCAAAUAGACAACUAAUUGUUUGCAGUCUUCUGAACUCAGUAAUUACUCCCACCUAAUUAAGCUUGUCUAUAUUUACCCAAGUUUUGUCUUCUGGUGUACUGACAGGAACUCAGCUAAAUACGCAAAUAGAUUGUAUAGGCAUACGUGUACUCACCAGCUCACCCUUAUUCACUCCUCAUUGGCUGGCUUGGACUGGAGUUUACCUGCCAAGGUUAUCUGCUUCUUGGCUCAAGUUCUGUAAGGAAACCUCGCUAAGAACCUGUAAGGGUUGCCCUGAGCAGCCUGAUAGUUGCAACUGGAAUGUCACAGGGCUGUGUAAGUGUGCAAGUUACUUGAGAUUGCUGCUGCCUGUACUCAUGUUGUGUCCCCAGAAGAACUGUGAAUCUUGAAACUUUUCUGCACUGAUACACAGUGAUUUUUGUUUAGGCUGGAACGUGAGAGUAUGAUUCUGAAGGGGACAAAAAAGGGCAUUUGUAAUGAGCUUUAGAAGCUAAUUGAUAAGGUCAGACUGUUUUUUCAUCGUGUUUUACAGAUGACACGCUAUAGCACAACUAACAUAUGGUGGACUUACUACUAUGAUGUAAGUUGGUACUCUGUUUGGUGUAAUUGACAAAACAACACAAACCUGUAUGAAACAUUUGAUGCCCAUCAUCGGAUGGAAUGACUAAACAAAUUAUACAUAGGCCCAGAUCCUCAAAAGUAUUGGAAGCAUAAUUCAGUGGGUCUCCUCUAAGUAGUUUGAGGAUCUGGUAAGUAAACCUUGCUCUGUUAUAUAUGAAAAAAGAAAACGUACUAAAAAUCUGUACAGCUUACUACCUUAUUUAAAAUAAAUGGUGUGUUAAAGCCUG